GCGGGGGCGGAGGCGCCAUGGGAAUGCGCGCAGGAGGCGCGCUGGGCAGGGCCGGCGCUGGCCGGGGGGCGCACGAGGGGCCCGGGCCGAGCGGCGGCGCGCAGGGCAGCAGCAUCCACUCGGGCUGCAUAGACGCCGUGCACAACGUGCCGCUCAGCGUGCUCAUCCGGCCGCUGCCGUCCGUGCUGGACCCGGCCAAGGUGCAGAGCCUGGUGGACACGAUCCGGGAGGACCCAGACAGCGUGCCCCCCAUCGACGUGCUGUGGAUCAGGGGGGCCCAGGGCGGCAACUACUUCUAUUCCUUUGGGGGCUGCCACCGCUACGCUGCCUACCAGCAGCUGAGGCGAGAGACCAUUCCAGCCAAACUGGUGAAGUCCACACUCUCAGACCUGCGUGUGUACCUGGGCGCGUCCACGCCGGACUUGCAGUAGCGACCUCCGGGAUGCAGCCAGUGGCGUCGCAUAAACUGGGCCGUGUUGGAGGUGGAGCUGGGCAUCGCUCCCUCUGCCCAUAGCGGGCAGGGUCUGGUUCCAGGCACACCCUUUGCUGAGCUGCCAGGCCCUGGAUCCACAAUGCACAGGAUGUGGAGCCGGGUUCCCAUCUCUGAACAUGAACUUGUGUGUGGCCUUCCUCUUGACGGAUUGUAACAGGGGUGCUAUGGGGAAGGGGAGCUGCUGGACCCCGAUUCCCAAGGCCUGGGGUCCUUCAGUGGCUUUGUCUGUAUACAGCCCAUACGGCAGCUGCAUUUCACCGCAGUGGCAUGAAUAAACAGGCUUGUUUCUCUGCA